AUGGCGGAGGAACUCAAGGCUGGCGGAGGUGCCAGCGAAGUAACCCGCUCCAUCUCUAAGCUUCACCCAGUCGUCAGCAGUCAUCUUGUCAAGCUCUUUGAAUCUCUGGCAGACCGGCCGGAUAAAACUUGGAGCAAGGAGAGGAUUGCAUCGUUUAUCAAAGAGACACAAAAGGACGAAUCUUCACCUGCUGUCGAGGAGCUCCUUGCCCGAGACUCGCUUGAUCUUGAUGGCUUCCAGGCCUGGAUGACGUCUUCUCAUGCAGCUGCUACAAUCCCGCCCAAACCUCAGGAUCUCUCAUAUCCUCUUGCCUCUUACUUCAUCAGCUCCAGCCAUAAUACAUAUCUUACUGGAAAUCAACUCUCGAGCGACAGUUCCACCAAGCCUUACACCGAAACUUUGCUGCGUGGUGGACGAUGCAUUGAGAUUGACGUCUGGGAUGGAGAUGAAUCUGAUCCAGAAGGUACAAGCAGCCCUUCCAGCAGCGAUGAAGAAAGAGGUGUGAAGAAGCUCGUCAAAAAGAAGAAGAGAAGUACCUUUGGAAAGCUGAAGGAUAAGUUGAAGAAGACGAGCAUUAGCGAUAAGAAUGAGUCUACUUCCGCUUCCGACCCCGCCUCUCAUCAGCAGGUGGCCGCUCCUGAAACAACAGAGGAACCCGAAGCCGCUAUAGUUGAGCCUCGAGUCCUCCACGGUUAUACUCUCACGAAAGAGAUCUCUUUCCGUGCUGUCUGUGAGGCUAUUCGAGCCAGCGCAUUCGUUGUUAGCGAACUGCCUGUCAUCGUCUCCUUGGAAGUCCACUGCAAUGCGGAUCAGCAGCUCGCCAUGGUACGCAUUAUGAAAGAAGUUUGGGAGGGACUUCUUGUGCCUGAACCCGAGAACGAACCAGAUGCUCUUCCAAGCCCUGACCAACUGCGUCGCAAGCUCAUCGUCAAGGUCAAGUAUGCGCCGCCCGAUGCAGAUUCUUCACAAGCAGAAAGCGAGGAAGACGAUCGAGCACCACCUCCAGGCUCUGAGUCCGGCGAUGCUCCCAAGAAGAAGAAGGCUAAGGUUAUACAGGAGCUUAGCCGAAUGGGUUUUCAUUGUCGUGGUGUAUCUUUUAAGAGCUUGUCACAGCCUGAGGCCGGUAUGCCUACACAUAUCUUCUCGCUUUCAGAGAAGAAGGUUGUUGAUGUGCACGAUGGGCAAGCAGAUGAGCUAUUUAACCACAACCGACACUUCCUCAUGAGGACUUAUCCAUGGGGUCUACGAAUAGGAUCCUCGAACCUGGACCCUUCAGUUUUCUGGAGAAAGGGUAUCCAGAUUGUUGCACUCAACUGGCAGAGAUGGGAUGAGGGCAUGAUGCUUAACGAGGGCCUGUUUGCGGGUACAGGAGGAUAUGUCCUUAAACCACCAGGCUAUCGACCUAACCGCAACGACGAAGAAGUUGUCAACACCAUUCCCCGCAAAACCCUCCAUCUCACCAUUACUGUCCUCGCCGCCCAGAACAUUCCUCUCCCUCCCGGUGACAAAUCUGCCCGCGGUUUCGAGCCCUACGUCAAGGUAGAGCUCCAUGUUGAAGGCCCCGACGAGUACCAUGGCGGUCCCAUUCCCAACGAUGGUCACGAGCGUGAGGGUGAGUACAAAGCUCGCACACAUACGCAACGUGGUGACACUGUUGAUUUCGCUGGCGAGCCUCUUGAGUUCCCUCCUGUGCCACACGUUGUAGACGAGCUGUCAUGGGUGCGCUUUACUGUACGUGAUGAUGAGAUUGGAAGGGACGAUAUGGCAGCCUGGGCUUGUAUGAGAGUUGACCGUCUAGGUCAUGGAUACCGCUUUGUGCAUCUUAUGGACUGUGAGGGGCGUAUUACGAAUGGAGCGAUCUUGAUCAAGGUUGAUAAGAAGUUGGUUUAG